CUAUACUAUGGACUGCUGUAAAAUGUUUAAUUUUCAAAAGUUGGUAGCCCUGUUAAAGUAAUAUGGCCGCCAAAUUAAUCAGUUGUGCUAUAUCAUCUACGCGAAAUAUUUAGCCAAAAAUAACGAAAAGUGCGCAAAAUAAACAUAGAAGAAAGUGUUAUUUACUUGUUUUGACUGUUUUAUUAAUUUUAAAGAACCAAAAUGAAGAUCACCCUUAAGAAUCUACAACAACAAACUUUUGUAAUUGAUAUAGAACCGACAAAAACGGUCAGGGAACUAAAACAGAAAAUAGAGAGCGAGAAGGGUAAAGACUACCCCUCAGAUAACCAGAGACUGAUUUAUGCAGGUAAAAUACUUACAGAUGAGACAGCUCUCUCGGAGUACAACAUCGAUGAGAAAAAAUUCAUCGUCGUUAUGGUCACGAAACCCAAACAGCCGGAGAAAACGGAAAGUGGCGACGGCAAUGCAGCUGUGACAACCACAAUGACAACAAGCACAACUCCUACCCCGGCAACCCCUCAACCAGCCCCCACCCCUGCUCCUACAGAGGAGACAACGCCGACGCCGCCCGCAGAGUCAGCACUUGCCGACGUACCAUCCACAAUCAGCAGUGCUGCCGAGUCUGCCCUCUUAAUGGGCGAGGACUACGAGAACAUGGUGAGAAACAUAAUGGACAUGGGCUACGCAAGGGCCCAGGUCGAGUUAGCCUUAAGGGCGAGUUUUAACAACCCCGACAGAGCCGUGGAGUAUCUCAUCAACGGGAUACCCAUAGUGGAUGUGCAGGAUGCUGUAAACGAAUCGGCCGACAUGUCUGGCGUGGACGAGAGACAGUCCGACGCGGACGAUCCUCUGGCCUUCUUGAGGAACCAGCCGCAGUUCCAGCAGAUGCGGCAGGUCAUCCAGCAGAACCCCCAGCUCUUAAACGCUGUAUUGCAGCAGAUCGGUCAGACGAAUCCCGCUUUGUUGCAGUUGAUUUCGCAAAACCAGGAGUCGUUCGUGAGGAUGCUCAACGAACCGUCGUCCGGCAAUCCCAAUCCCGCAGCCAGUACCGUCCCGUCAGGUGGGGCCUCGCUCGGGUCCCAGGCGGCCUCCGGGGGCGCGCCGCAAGGCAUGAUCCAAGUAACACCCCAGGACAAAGACGCUAUCGAGAGACUCAAAGCGCUGGGUUUCCCAGAGCACUUGGUGGUGCAGGCGUACUUCGCCUGCGAGAAGAACGAGAACCUCGCAGCAAAUUUCCUACUAUCUCAAAAUUUCGACGAAUAAUUACGCUUAAAAAUUUUUUUAAUUUGAUUUUUUAAAGCUUCCCACCCGAUCCCGAGGUCCGUUCGGCGUCGAUUUAGAUUCGACGGCGGGUGGUUGGUCUCUUUAAUCCAAUUUUUUUUUUUUCUAUUGUAAUAUUCAAUUAAAGCCCUGAGUUUGAGGUUGUAUUGUACUGUAACUUGCUGUAUAUAGGCUCCAAAUAAAAUUAAAUAGAAAAUUCCGCUUGAAACUUAUUCAUGUAAUAUAACGUAGCGACUUUUAUAAUGCCACUAAUGCAGUUAUUUAAUUAAUUUUAAUCGUUCUUCUGUUCCUUUCCUGGCUACUAUGAUGUUAUAGUAAAUUCUAGGAAAUAUAUUUAAACAGUGCAAUGUU